AUGUAUAAUUUUAAAAAGACCAGGAAUUAGUUUUUGUAAAGCGAAUUUGGUCAUUAAUGGUUUAGGAGAACUCUAAAGUGUAAAAUUAAUGAUAAUCUUUGUAAAAGUAUGCUGUAGUAUAUAAAAAAUAAUAAAUAGCGGAGAGUCAGAUUUAAUAAUAGAAAUAAAGAGAGUAGUUAAGAACUUGAUAAUUUUCAGAGAAAGCAUGAGAGCAGGAAGUAAAUUGUAAAAGACCUCAAAGAAACCUAAAUCAAAUUAUAGGAACAUUUAAAUUUCUAAUAUGAGCUAUCUGUGACUUUAUACCAUUGA